AUGGCUGCCACCUGCCAGAUCGGCCGGACCCUGGCCUCUGUCUUCGGGUGCGGCCGUGAGACCCCCAUCGUGGCCACGACUAGCUUCCACGAUCUCUCCGCCCGUGUGCUCUCGGAGGAUAUGGUGAAGUUCGACAUGUUCAAGGACAAGGUGCUUCUGGUGGCGAACGUGGCAACCAAAUGCCUAACGAAGCAAAACUACGCUGAGUUGGAUGAGCUGUGCAGCGAGCUGAAAGAGGAGCCCUUCGAGCUGCCGCUGGGCCGCAGGCUGGCCUUCCCUUGCAAUCAGUUUGGAAAGCAGGAGGAGGGGAACGGAAAUGGUCAUGCCACGUACCAGGGAAAGCCGGAAGAUAUCGGCAACUUCAUCACAGGCAAACUCCCAAAGGCGAACUUCACCAUCUUCCAGAAGAGUCACGUGAACGGCAAGGCCACGCAUCCUGCGUGGCACUUCUGCCGGUACAAUGCGGAGGAGACCCGAAGGGGUAAGUAUAUGCUGCCCAUCCCGUGGAAUUUCGCGAAGUUCCUCCUGGACAAGGAGGGCCGAGUCUACAAGUACUACAGUCCCAAGUCCUGGCCUUGGUCGAAAGGCCAGUCGACCAAUUGA